AUGUCAACAGAAAAAGUAGCCACCACCGCUCCUGCGGCGGUGCCAUCCACGCCGACACCUCCCUCGAUCAAACACAAGAACCCUUCCGUUCCAGUUGUCCUCCACGAAGCAGGGCUCGAUUCACCCUCAUUCCGAUCUUCUGCCUUAUACUUUUCCGAACAAGUAGAUGCUAUUGAGCGGUGGCUAGAAGGCUACGUGAGGACAACCGCGAAGCUAUCCCAUGACUUGCUAGCUAAGAUCAUCCCGCCUCCUUAUAUCAACAAUGUGGACAACGACUAUGCCGCACUAGCGCUUAAGAGGUUCAGUGAGGGCUCGAGAGAAUGGUGGGUGCAAAUCCUAAACGCUGCAAAGCAAAUGGAUUCCAUGUCAGUUGAACCGAUUCGGAACUUCCUCCAAGGCGAUUUAAGAAACUUCAAAGAAGCUCGGAGAAUAUUGGAACAGACACAGAAGGCAUUCGACACUACCCUAGCUCGGUACGUGAGCCAGUCUAAGGCAAAAGAGCCCUCGUCGUUACGUGAAGACGCUUUUGCCGUAUACGAGACUCGCAAGGCUUACUUGAAGGCUUCCAUGGACUUUUGCUUCUAUGCGCCCCAGUUCCGAAUCAACCUUGACAAGUUGAUCGUACAAGUAUCCUACGACCUCUGGCGCGAAAUGAAAAAAUCACGAGAUGCCGCAGGAAGUUUUGGGAAACAUGGCCAUGAGAUGGAUCGAGUGAGAGGAUGGGCAAAGGAAAUGGAACUGUCCGAGCCCACAUUCAAAAGACAGUUGCAGCUAGCACGCAGCGAUAUUGGAGAGAGUGCACUAGCAGCGGUUAAGCCAUCACGGGAGAUUGAAGACUACAGCGCUUCAACUGUUCCAUUUUUGGGAUCUAAAGGCCCUUUGAACGUUACCACGGCAGGACAAUCUGCGGCGAUAAUGGAAAAACAGGGUUGGCUCUAUCUACGGACAUUGACUGGCAAGCCUUCUCGAACCAAUUGGAUUCGAAGAUGGUACUAUUGUAGGGACGGUAUCUUCGGUUGGCUUGUCAACAGUCCUCAAGGAGUCUUGCAAGGCGAUGAGAUUGGUGUUCUUCUCUGUAAUGCGAAACCCGCUGUCGGAGAAGAGCGUCGGUUCUGUUUCGAGGUCAAAACCAAGAACCAGACAUUACUACUCCAGGCCGAGACACAAAGUCAGUUGAUGGAAUGGCUUGAGGUUUUCGAAGUCGCAAAGAAGAAAGCAUUUGAAGCUAGCGUCAGCAGAGACAAUUCAUCUUUACCGGGUGGUGUCGAUCCAGCUUUCUCUAUCACGCCUCCUUCGCUUCCGGAGUUCUCGGCUAAAGCAUUGGAUGCGCAAAUCGAAGACAGUGCCAAUGCCGAACGGGCCGGAGCUCUGUCAGUCCCUGCACCUGAAGUUGGACUGAUACCAAGGCCAAGCUUUGACCUAACGACAGCUCCUCCUAAACGAUCUGUCACCUCCUUGGCCCGUGAGGAAGGUGAGAGUAGUCGAGAACAUGCGGCAAGGAUUAUGCAGAAACUCGACCUUCACAGGAGGGCUUUUACUUCAGGUUUGGAUACGGGGCCUGUGCCAGCACCUGGGACAAGUGGAGGAAUUGCUGGUCUUAUAUCUGCUAGUCAUGGGUUACUACCAGGAUAUACCGGGGCAGGUUCUAAAACUUCCCAGCAAUUGCCGGGCUUGUCUGGUCCGGAAGCACAACCUGGCAGUCUUGCGCCGGCAACUUUAGCAAAACCACCGGCAACGACCAAUCUUAGUAAGACGGCCGUUGUUUAUAGUGGCGAUAGAGUAUUCAGCUCGAAUUCUUCACAAUACUUACCGACGGCGAUCUUGGCCAAUUAUUGGGGAAGCAAUGCUUGGGGUCGAGAAUACUCCAAGGCUAGCCGGAGCGACGUGGAACUUGAAGAUCCGUUUGGGCCUAACUCGCCCACUAUCAAAAUGGUUCCGGUCGGCGAUGGUGAAGAGGUCAAAAGCCCGUCUUCGCAUAAAAAGGCCAUUAGUAUGGAUGCUCGGAUGAACCAAGCGAAGAAUGCUCAACCUGCCAUCGAGAAACCGCCUCCAGAAACCUUCCCGGCCAACUACCCCAUAGAAUUGAAAACGAACUCGGCUCAAUUCCGACUCCUUUUCCCAAAUGUUCCAUUGGAUGAAAAGUUGGUUCUCGUCUUCCGCGCUUCUUGGAUUAGUAAUUCAGAAGACGAUCGUGUUGUGCCUACAAUGGCUGGUAAUGGACGAAUCUACGUCACGCCGGAUAAUAUGUACUUUUACGGCCAUCAGAUGGACCUCGUUGUGACGUAUACGAUCAGUCUCGACACCAUCUCGGAGGUGACAGCUGCCCCUGGCAGAGACUGCGAUUUUAUUUUCCUUCAUCUAAACCAGGGUACGGAUGUUAUCGGAUACACCCGUGUUACAAUCAAGACUUUCCUUGAAGAUCUUGAUCUUUUGCACUCACGUUUGAAUCUUUUGGUUGAUGACCUGCAAGCUGAAGAGCCGAUGGAUGUGCCCGAACUCAUUAAGGCGCUCAUCAAUCUGGAGAAGGAAGAACAAGACCGGAAGAGCCCAAGCAUGGACAGCUGGGAGGAAAUCUCAGAACAUACUCCUCUUGACGACGGCACCGCGGCGGGUAGAGCAAUCAGUCCUAGGAGCUACGAUAAAGCCUAUAAGUCGCGACGAAAAAUCUCACGAAAGCCGCUUCCAAAGUUCCAGCUUCCAACUAACCCAGUAAUCUACGAACCCGAAGGCAUGCAAAGGAAGGGCGCCGAGCGGAAUUUCGAAAUUAGUGCUAAAGCCUGUUUUCACGUCUUAUUUGGAGACAAGAGUUUCAUUUUCCCCAAGCUUUACUUCGAGAGCAGAGCCCAGCAUAUCACUCAGAGUCCUUGGAAGCUAAACGAGGCAGGGAACAUGCAGAGGCAAUUUCGUUUUAGCGUCAACUACACGACGAGAAUGGGGCGCACAAAAGCAGAGGAGUAUACGGACGAACAGACAAUCGAUUUAUUCAGUGAUCACGUCACCUACGUCGUCACUCAUGUCAAAACACCGUGGCAUCUUCCCCACGCCCACGGUUUCAAGCUGGUGACCAAGAUCGUCAUCACUCACGUCGCCAAGUCGAAAUGUAAGCUCGCCAUAUUCACGAAGGUGGUAUGGACAAAACCACCGGCCCUCGCCAAGAACCUAGUCGAGCAACAGGCUCUCGACGACGCAGGCCAGUCGGCUGAAGAUCUCGCCGAGGUCGCGACCGACCAAGUGCGGAAGCUCGGCCACCACAGCCGCACGAAGCGCGCGAUCCAGGUGUACGGAAAUGUCGGACAGCAAACACAAGCGUUGGUGUUUACGCCCAACGAAGCGGACAUGGCGAAGAAGGCACUGAUUAACCCGCGCACGCUAAGCCAGAUGCUCCUCGAGACGCUCCGGUCGUUCGCAGAUAGCGUGGCGAGCUCGCUGAUGAUGUGGGCAUUCGCGGCGAUCAAGAAGCUCUGGGACGUAGUCACGGCGCAGUGGAUCAUCCUGGGCCUACUCGCCUUCAGCAUGUUCACCAACGUCGUGUUCUCAGGCCAAGGCACAUCGACAUGGUGGAGCGAGCGCCGCGCCGUCGGGUUCAUGAACCGCAUCGGCGUAGGCCCGAACGUCGUUAUGAGCAAGGCCAUCUACAUCGCGGACCUCGACGAGGCGGCCCACGGCUCCGCCGGCCUCCAGGACUGGCCCGAACACAGCUAUUGCUACUCGACUUUCAAAUCCAUCGCGAACGGCACCGACGCGGAUGCGCCGAGCGAACAGGCCGGCGCGGCGAUGGCGUGGAGCUCGAGCCGCGCUACAGCGAGACGGUUACGUCAGACGCGGCAGAAGCUAGGUAGUUAUCGACAUGAUCUCCUGGUCGCGAUGCGCACAGUUAAUAGCGUGGAGAGGGAGGUCGUGCGCGCGGAGUGGGAGAAUUGGUUGCUUGAUGAGAAUCAUCGGUGCGAGAAGGUUGAGGCUGCGCUUGCGAGGUGGGAUGAUGGGGGGGUGGAGAAGGGGGCGAGUAAUGGGGCUGGGGGGAUUAGGGGGUGGAUGAGUAGGGGUGAGGGGCAGGAGGUGGUGAAGGGGGAGAAAGGGGAGAGGGAGAGAGAUGAGGCGAAGAGGAGGGGCUUGCAGGCUUGGUAUGAGGAGUAUUGUGGCAGUUUCCCGGCCUUCAAGGCCCUCGCGCCUGUCAAUUGGGACGAUAUCGCUCAUGACAGUCUCGAGACUUUCUUGGAGGAAGUGUUCAACGACGCCCAGUGUAUUCUCGAUUCAAUACCGGUCUCUUCCUCGCCCUCGACGCAGAAAAUAGGCAGACCACGUAGCUCUUCGAAAACGUCGGAUCGUGCGUCGGAAUUGAGGAAGGAUUGGAAAGAGGCCAAGGUGAACCCGCGCGAGAACCCGCUAGGUUUAGACGUCUAUAAACUCGCUGCGAAGGACGGAAAGGGCGCUUGGUUUGCGAGACGCAGCGUCCACGAUAUCCUUACCUUUGCAAAAUGGAAAUUGGGAAUGGAAAAAGAGCUCGACGAGAGCAUGAAGGUACAAGGAAAGCCUGGUGACGGGAGCAUCAGGGGAAUUGGUGCCGAUAAAAAGGUGGUGAACCAAAUUGUCGAAGGUCGCGGUAGGAUGCAAGUUUACCAACUAUCGGCACAAUUCCCAGGACCAACAACGCCACGAGACUUCAUUACUUUAUUACUAAGUUCUGACUCAGCUAUCGACAUCCCUGGCACACCUAAACACUACAUGCUCGUCUCGAAGCCAUGUAUACACCCGGAAUGUCCACCACGUCAAGGCUAUAUCCGUGGUCAAUAUGAGUCUGUCGAAUUUAUUCGUGAAGUCAGGGUCGAGAAACCUCUCCGCAAAACUCGGUCAUCAAUAGAUCUACCAAACGAUGAGUCUGCGGCGUCAAUACGGAAUACUGCAGAGAAUCUCGGUAGACAGGCUUCUAUUCGCUCAGCUCGUCUAGCAGCGGACUCAGCUUCUCCUGCGAGAGACGGAGACGGAAGGAGACGAGGUAGAACUAUCGGACAUGCAGAUAUCGGCGAUGUCAUGGAGAAUGAUGAAGACUACGAUACCAUGGUCGAAUGGAUAAUGGUUACCCGAAGCGAUCCUGGUGGCAGUGUACCACGUUUCAUGAUCGAAAGGGGUACACCUCCCGGUAUUGCCGGUGAUGCUAACAAAUUUGUCAAAUGGAUCUCGUCAAAAUCUAUUCAUGAUUUUACUGAGUCCGAUGGUGAAGAUACGAAACUCAUACAAGAGGCAGAGAAAGCUGAAGAAGGGCUAGCUUCUAAGAAGCCAGCUCCAGCGAAUAUCACGCUGAGCCUUACUAAGUCUCCUAGUGCUCCAAUCCUAUCAGCUAUCGACGAGAAAGAAGAAGCAGAGGAGGCAGCCAACCCUACUGGAUUUUAUGGCAUGAUAUCAAAUGCUCUAAAUUCUGCGGCUUCGGCGGCUGCCUCGCGCCUCCCUAAUCCUUUUGGAUCCGUUAAUGACGAUAAUAUGAGCUCUUCUAGCCUCUCCGAACCACCUGUAGACGACGACGAUGCGUCGUCAACUCGCAGUUUCCAUAGCCUGGAAGCCGAAGAAAUAGAAGAAAAUGACGGCUCGUCAUCCAAGCCGGAAGAAAGCUCAACACAACUCACGCCUUCAGUUACAAACGGUGGCGCAGAAUCCAUGCGCUCAACCGACUCUCUUACCCGCUCAACGGGAACAUCACAACACGACAAAGAGCUUAAAAAGCUCGAAGAGCGAAAACGCAAAACAGAAGAAAAGCUCCGGCGCGCGCAAGAAAAAGCGCUCGCGAAGCGGGGCAGCACGGCAUCGGACACGACGUCCUCGCAGCGCGAAGAAACCGCACUGCAAAAGCUGCGCGAGAAACACGAGCGCGAAGUAGCGAAGCAGCAGGAGAAAUACCAGCGCGAGCUCAAGAAACUGGAAGCGAAGCGCGUGAGCGAGCAGAAGAAGACGGAAGAACGGAGGAAGAAGACGCUCGAGAGAGAGGAGAGGAGUACGAUGGCGAUGGAGCUGGAUAAGGUCCGUGCGGAACGCGAUAUUGCGCGCAAACAGAUGGAUAUUCUGAAGGAGCAGGUUGGGGAGUUGCAGGCGCAGAAUACGAUGCUUGUUGCGCGGUUGGGUCGUGAGGGGGUUUUGUUGGAUGCGGAGGAGGGGAUGGGGGUGGGGACGCCGCCGAGGAUUAGGAGGGCUAUGUCGGAGAGGAUGUCUGAGAGGGGUUGA